AUGGAUUCGCACCAGGCCCGGUCUCGGGGCCAGGUGGUAUCCAUGGAGGCCCCCGAGGCACAGCUGCCGAGCUCAGAAGCACCGAGCCCUGCACUACUUGGAGAUCCCCCGCCCGCCGCGGAGCCGCCCGCCGCGGAGGUCCCCUUCGUGGAGAGUGACCCUUCGGAGGCCUCGAGCCCAGACUCCCAGCUGGACACAGAUUUGUCCUCGAAGGCCGAGAUCGCUGUCCCGGAGCAGGAGGAGGCGCCCUGCCGCCGGCCCCGCGCGCGCUCCUUCUCCCUGCCCGAGGACCCCAUCCUGCAGGCGGCUAAGUUUCUGCAGCAGCAGCGCCUGCGGCCGGACGCUGGGGGCGAAGAGCGAGCGGACGGCGCGCUGCACGGCCCGGACCUCUGCUGUUCCAAGUGCAAGAAGCGGGUGCAGUUCGCCGAUUCGCUGGGGCUGAGCCUGGCCAGCGUGAAGCACUUCAGCGACUCCGAGGAGCCGCAGGUGCCGCCCGCCGUGCUCUCGCGCCUCCGCAGCUUCCCGGUGCGCUCCAAGGACCUGGAGCAGCUCGGGGGGCUGCUGGCGGCGGCCAAGGCGCCCGCCCCGCUCCGGGCGCUGCCACGGCUCCGACCCCUCUUCCAGCUCCCCGGGCCCAGCGCCGCAGCUGAGCGCCUGCGGCGGCAGCGCGUGUGCCUGGAGCGCGUGCAGUGCUCGGCUUCUGUGGGCACGGAGGUGACGGGCGCUGGUCGGGUGAUCAGUUGUCCGGGACCCAGGACAGUGACCGUGCGCUACACUUUCACCGAGUGGCGUUCCUUCCUGGAUGUGCCCGCCGAGCUGCAGCCGGAGGCGAAGCAGACACGGCCACCAGAGGCGCCAUCGGGGGUCUCUAGAUCCGAGUCUGGGGACGUGGAGGAAGAGGCGGCUUUCGAGCGCUUCCACUUCUCACUCAGCCUGCCUCCCGGUCUGCAGCCCAAGGAAGGGGAGGACGUGGACGUGCGCGGCGUCGCUGUUCAUUUCGCUGUCUGUUACCGAUGUCAGCAGGGAGAGUACUGGGACAACAACGCCGGGGCGAACUACACGCUGUCCUAUGCGCGCUCCCCGGACUGGCUUUGAAGGCCAGCUGGGGGUCGCUUCAGGGAUGGCGGCCAAGGGGGGUGAGCAGCCCUAGGAUGAUCAGGCGAGAGUUGGAACGACUUGUUGGGAAACUUCGCUGUGCCAACGGAUGUGGAGUGAGUGGACCUUGG